UUAUCUCUGACAUCAGUCUUUACUAAGCUGUGAGUGCAGGCACCUGGCCACAGCAUUCUUAGUCAUGUCUAGGAUAUAGGCACCGACCCAACAGAGGUCACUUAUAUAGCCAGUAGAACUAUUAGACACCAUAGUUGAAGAAGUAUUCUUAACUGGGUUGAGAGCAAAGAUGACCACCAAGGAUCUAGUAUAGAGAUGGACAUCACAUGUGGGAGACAGACUAUGCACAAGGACGCUACCAUGUAUCCACUUUCUGUAAGAUCCACCAGCAACAACCACACAGCGCAGAACUACGUCUCCAAUCAACCUUAUUUCAACUAUGUGGCGUAUCAUCAUGUUCCACCUAUGGAUGACCAAGGGCAGCCCUGUGGAGUUUGGGGACCUCAGUAUGGAUCACCGAGGGAGGAAUGGAACUCUUAUGGAGCUGGACCUUCUAACACAAAUAUGGCACAAUCAUCUGAUUUAUCACCUAACCAGUUUGCUUAUAAUUCCUCUGGCUAUAGCUCUCCUCAUCCAUCUGGGACUGGGAUUUUACACUCUGUAGAUUUGACUCAUGCAGCUGCCAACUCACCCAGCGCUCUUAAUCAGAAUUCUUACGAAUGGAUGGGGAAAACUGUGCAAUCGACUUCUACAGGCAAGACGAGGACCAAGGAAAAAUACCGUGUGGUUUACACUGACCAUCAGAGGCUGGAACUGGAAAAAGAAUUUCAUUACAGCAGAUAUAUCACUAUCAGGCGGAAGACAGAACUGGCUGCAAACUUAAGACUAUCUGAAAGACAGGUAAAAAUCUGGUUCCAAAACCGCAGAGCCAAAGAAAGGAAGCUAUUCAAGAAGAAAAUGAACCAGUUUGAUGGCAUGUGUUCUGUACAGAGCGAUUCCAGUUCAGCCAGUCCAAACCCACUUUGUGACUCUGCGGUACAUACGGAUAUGUCAGGCUCCUUAUACCAGCCGCCCCCAAUUGCACUCAAUGGCCUAUAGCAGAGCUGGAAGUGUCUGCAAGCAUGUCACUCUGUCCCAAUGAACUACUAGCCUUGGCAGUAUUAAGUGAACACUGAUCACUCAGACAUGAGACCUACAAGUCAUCACCAUAGUGUGAUUUAUAAAGAAUAUUAUACAUUUGUUCCACCGGAUUCACUGCAACCAUCGGCUCUGUGAUUCAUUAAGCCCUUGACUAUGGAUGGCAAGUGAGAAAGGGUUUGUUUACAAUGAACUGGAGGCCCUUAUGCAGCUGAAGCUAUUUCUGGGAAAUGCACCACAAAUGUGUAACAGUAACUUGGAGCCAUCUAUUGAAAAAAAAAUCAGUGAUAAAACUAUGGACUCGGAGAAGAAAUCCAAAAAGUUCUGUUCUUUAAGUUCUCUUUCCCUAGUAUGAUUGUACAAAACUGGAAUGAAAACGGAACUCUAGUUCUUCCUAUUGUCUUGUUUUUUUAUGUAAGAAUUUUUGGGCAAAAGUUUAAUUUAUUGCUCCAUGUGACCAAUGGCUGCAUCUAGAGUUGGAAACGGCUACAGUCAAACUUGGCAGACUAUUGAGACACGCACAUUGGUAUCAUUUGUACAAAGUUUAAUAGAAUAUAGUUUUAGUUAUUGGGGGUCUGUCAAAGGACAAAGUAAACAUCACACAAUAUAAAAUACAAAUGUAAAUAUUCUAUCUAGGGCAGAGCUGUCCCACUGGUUUCAUGUCCAGGGGCCAGAAUAUAAUAAAAUAAUGAUACCAUACAAAGAAGAAGGAGCAUUUGGGCGGGCUUCGGGCUAUAAUAAUGUCUUGAAGGGUUACCUCCAGCUGGCAGGCCGCAAGCUAUACAGCUCUAAUCAUAUGUACUGACUCUAAAUGGCAUUCACAAGGUAUUAGGAAAUGUGACUGCAGCAGUGAAAUCUAUUUGUGGCUUAGUUUUGCCUAAAUGAUAGAUUCUGAUAAGCUUGCAAUCCGAUUUAGAUAAUGUUAUCUUAAUAUGAACCAGAUAUAGACACUUUCAGAGUGUAGAUCCUUAUGUUUGGGGCACUGCACAAAAUCUGUUUGGCCCAUACACUGAGCAUAGGCUGUUCAUUCAUGUCACAAAAGGUGAGACAAUGGUGUUUUUACUCACUGCACUUGGUUAGGGUUUCCAUGUCUUUCAAUGCAAUUAUUUAAUAAAGAAUAAAUAAGGUUGA